AUGUCGAAUAACAACUUUCUCAACGUCUACAAGGGCGCGAACUCAGUCCAGGAUUAUUUCGAUCCGGAUUCAGCUCCUCCACUACCUCUCGUGGAGAUUCCAGACCAACUUAACCCCUAUCGGCGUGAUGGCGUGAGGAUAUACGCCAAAAUGAUGACGAUGCAUCCGGCCAACAAUGUAAAGGCCAUGCCAGCAUUAAACCUUCUAGAGAAGAGCGUGGUGCCAGGGAAGACCAAGACCAUCAUCGAGUACAGUUCGGGCUCGACUGUAAUAUCGAUGUCCCUCGUCUCUCGAAUUUUCCACGACGUUUCUGAUAUUCGUGCAUUUUUGAGCAACAAGACCAGCGUAGCCAAGUUACGGCUGAUGCAAUUUUUUGGCCUCGAUAUUACUCUCUUUGGAGGCCCAUCCCAACCAGAGCCCACCGAUGGGCGUGGAGGGAUCAGGGCAGCUGAGAGGAUGGCCGAAGAUAAUGAGUCGAUCAUCAACCCGAAUCAAUAUGAAAAUGAUGAUAACUGGAAAGCACAUGUUAGAUGGACGGGACCCCAAAUCCUCAAACAACUCCCAGAGAUCAAUUUGAUCUGCGCUGGUAUGGGUACUUCCGGUACUAUGACGGGAUUGGGGAUGUUCUUUAAGGAGUCGAAGUCUUCCGUCUUUCGUUUAGGAGUAUGCACCGCGCCUGGUGAUAGAGUCCCAGGUCCUCGUUCGUUUGCUCUUCUUGCGCCAGUCGAGUUCCCUUGGAAAUCAGCAGUAGAUCAUAUCGAGGAAGUUGGCUCACACGACUCCUUUUCCUUGUCGCUGGAAAUGUGCCGCCAAGGCAUCGUAUGCGGCCCUUCUUCAGGUUUCAAUCUAAAAGGGUUAUUCCAGUUCAUUGAAAAGCAAAAGGCCACAGGAACGCUAUCGAAGUACGCAGGCGAGGAUGGGGAAAUCCAUUGUGUGUUCCUUUGCUGUGAUCUACCCUAUCAAUACAUCAACGAGUACUUUGAUAAGUUGGGCUCGGAAUAUUUCCCUUCCAUUAAGAACGAGGCACUAACCAAAGUCGAUCUUUACCGCUAUGAUGAGGCAUGGGAGAAAGAUGCCACAACCGUUCUUCCCCUAUUUUUCGAAAUGAGAAGAGUAGCAACUAAAGAGGAGGUGCUGUCCGGUAUUCUGAACGAGGCAGCAAAUCAAAAUGGGCUGAGUGAAGCCAUUAAUCUCAAAGAUAAUGCGGUUAUUAUUGAUAUCCGUCAACCCGUGGAUUUCGGAGAGUUCAACCUACCCGGUUCCGUCAACUUACCGUUCGUGGAUUCAUUGACUACAAGUCCAUUUUCGAAUCCCGCGGUACUCGAAGCGCUGUGGCUGAAAAUAGAUGAGUAUUUUCGAGCACCGUGUAGCGAGGUAGUGUCGUUAUUACAGGGUAGGCGUAUUCUGAUCCUCUGUUAUGAUGGCGACAGCUCCCGCGUGGCGACUAGCGUGCUUCGUGCCAAGGGAUACGAAGCGGAUAGCGUGCGUGGAGGUUUUCAGGGGUUAGCUAAACUACAGUUAAGGGAGGCUAAGGACCAUUAUAUUGUUGCCAAUGGGCAAAGACCGAAGCAAGGAAUCGCAGUAACACGAGAAGUUGAACUCGUCACACCAUCUUAA